AUGAGUAGCUACGAUGCUAACCCCUUCGCUGAGGAAGAGGUUAAUCCCUUUGCGGAUUCUAGAGGUCCAAAGCCCCUUCCUCCCGAACGCUAUGAUCGUGGUGCAACGGUUGAUAUACCUCUUGAUAAUCCAUCGAGUCUGAAGGGUAAGGAGAAGGAACUCAGAGCUAGAGAGGCUGAAUUGAAGAGGAAGGAGAAUGAAAUAAGGCGUAGAGAAGAAACCAUCGCAUCAGGUGGUGUUAUUAGUGAUGAGAAAAACUUUCCUGCAUUUUGGCCCAUAAUUCAUCAUGACAUUCCAAACGAUAUACCAGUUCACCUACAGAAGAUCAUGUAUGUUGGGUUCACUACAUAUAUCAGUUUCAUCGGGUGUCUGUUGUGGAGCAUUAUUGCAGUUUCUGUAUAUUGGUUUUUUGCUGGAGGAGUUUGGGGUAUAAACAAUUGGAUUCUGGCUGUUGUCCACUUCAUCGUGUGGCCUCCCAUAGAUUAUUUUCUCUGGUAUCGCCCUCUUUAUCGCGCUAUGAGGACCGAUAGUGCCCUAAGUUUUGCGCUGUUUUUCUUCUUUUACAGUGGCCAUAUUGUCUAUUGCAUCUACUCUGCAGCUGCUCCCCCAACGUUUUGGGGCGGGUAUUCUAUUGCUGGUCUUGUGCCUGCCAUACUGCUGACUGUGGAUGAUUUUGUUACCACUUCGAUAUUUUACUUCCUGGGAGCUGCGUUGUUUGCUAUCGAAGCACUCAUGUCCAUCUGGGUUCUUAAGCAAGUAUACACGUACUUCAGAAGCAGUGGAAAAUCUCAAAGUAUGAGACGUGAUGCUCUAAGGGCAGCAAUAUGAGAGUGGAUGCCUGCUAGCUUGUUGAUUUUGUUCUUUUACAUAUAGGUUGUUUUUUGGUCCGGUGUCUUCUUAAUUAUAUAUGUAACAAAUUAAAAUGAGGACUCUUCGGUCUUCACCAACCGAAGAGUUCUGAAUGCAUGUAUGGUAACUCGUUAGGGUUGUGCAGUCGAUCAGAUGGGUGAUGAUGGCUCUUUUAGCCCACCUAGCUAUAGACAAGAUUGUUUGUACUUAAGU